CCCGGGCGGCGGGCGGGCGGGCGGGCGGCGGCGGCGGGCGGCAGCGAGGCAGCUGCCGCCUCUGUGCUCGGCUCCGCGGCGCUCCGCUCCCCGGUGUGUUGAUUCUUCCCCCAGCUGCUGCCUAAUGGAGUCCAGGCGCUGGCGUCACAGGAAAUGCCUAUACUGCCCUCCUCACUCACUUCCGGUGGCAGGUAUGGAACCUAUAGGGGGCCUGUCACCCGGCACGUGCGCCCGGCGGCGGGGCCGUGAGGGGCGGGGUGCCCGAGGGCGGCGGGGCGCGACCCCGACCCUGACCCCGGCCCCGGCCCGACCUCCGCGGGGCGGCCUCGGGGCGGAGGGAGCGGGUCCCGCCCUCAGGCCGGAGGCGCCCCGGGGCCGCGGCCGCGCGCGUGGGGGCGUGUGGACCCCGUGCGACCCGGAGGCGUCAGGCGCGGGGAGCGGGCUGCGGAGGGGGUCGCGCCGGUGGCGAGGGGCGGCCGCCACGUCCAGGCGCCGGGUGAGGGCGGGGCCGCGUCCGCGCACGUCACGGUGACCCCGGGACCCACACCGGGACCCCCGGCUCCUCGUCGGGGCGGAAAACCUCGGCUUUCCACGCCGGCCGCCCCGGGCCCGCGCGGCCUGCUCGGGAGGUUUGACAUGAGCAGCUGAGAAGCUGGGCUCCACCCGGAAGCGGAAGUGACCCCGGCGGGAGCAACACCUGACAGGGACCGGGCGGCCCUCAGACCCCGCGGUGGGCGGGCGGGGAAGGGGUCCCCCCUCUCUUUCCCAGCGCUCGCCCCGAACCCCCUCCUCACGGCCCGCCCGGCGCAGGCAGCGGUCACAGGACAGCCAUGGCCUCCCGUCGCCCCCCAUGGCACCUUCAGACUCCAGUGGGGACCCCCCGGCUUGAAUUUUUAGGUGGCAGCGGGGGUCACAGCCACCUGUUCACGUGGACGGGACGCUGGGCUGAGGCUGGGCCGCCGGUGGCCGCUCUGCGGGACCCCACACAGUCCUGUAACACGGAUGGGGUUGGUGGUCUUAGACACCUGACGCGGACCGACAUUUUCUCGGAAAUUGGAGCAGAACCCUUCCCGGAAGUAGCUUCCCUGUUGGAAAACCAUCGACUCCACGAAGGCAUGUUCUACCCCCGAGUCUCCCGAUUCAGGAAGAACUCAGAGUAAACUUGGAGGCCCUGGGAAGACAGCCCUUUUGAGAUUGGGAAAAAAUAAAUUUAAAAAAGGUGAUGUUUAUGAGAAGUUGGUCAAGGCUCUGAGCUCCCCGGGUUCUCAGGCUGGAAGGAGGCUGAGGAAGCCCAGUGCCCGUUGGGACACUUAGCUCUGUUGUCCUCCUGUCUUAACUCGGCCUCCAGGGACCGUGUGUGUGAGUCGCCCCGGAUGUGUGUGUUCCCCGAGACAGACCCGAGUUCCUGCUAAGCUUCAGAGGGCACUGCCCCCUGGGUCCCGCCGAGCCUGAAUUACCAGAUAGUUGACGCCCGCAAAGCCCAUCUGUCAAGAGGGAGCUAGCUCACUUGGGACGUCCUCCAGGGAGCCUUUGCUGACCGCCAGCCUCCCAGCCCUCAUGGCUCUUCCCAGUGGUGAUGGGGCAAAUUUGACCCAGGACACAGCAGGACUCUGGAUGGAGCUCGUAUUUUUAGCAACAACGCCUAUGACCAUCGUAAGCCAGAAAUAGACAUUCUCCCACUUCUUCGGGCUGCUGAAGUGGUAAUGGAUAGCCGGAGGAAGGAUGAGGACCCACGGGGCCUACCUGCGUUCAUACCUGCCAGGCUGUCUCCAUGCUGCAGGCUGAAUGAACAAAAGGGUAUCGAUCUCCACAAAUGCAAGAUUUCCUAACAAUUGCAGACAUUCCGGCUCCUCUGGCAACUUGACAAAUGACUGGGGAAGAACACACAGGGCCCUGUAAUCCUGCAUUGACCUGAAAACAAUGCCAGAGGUGUCCGGUGUUAAGACACGCUCCCUUUCCCUUCUCUUCCUUGGGCUUUGCCUGGUAAUUGCUCCAGAAAUAUCCUCAGAGAGGCAGUGCUGAAAGUGACCUAGAUCCCCAGAAUCACUGGAUUCCAGGGCUGGAGGGGCGGGUGGCCUCAGAUCGGAAGGAGGGUCUCCUCUGGUUCCUCCCACUGACCAUUGAGUCCAACUGAAGUUUGUCAGAAUUCAGAUGUGUUUCGAUGUCGUCUCAGAGUUAGGUAAUGAUUGUUCAUUUAUCACUACGUCCCCACAGGAUUGCGUUUUCUAUCCACGUUGAUCAUGCAGUGCUCUUCUGGAAGGAAAAUCCUUAGCUAGGAAAUGACGGUGGUUUCCAGCUAUUUCUCAGGCUAUCCAAGUGGGAUUUAGUGGAACUCCAUCUGUCCAUCCAUCCUUCCAUCCAUCCAUCCCAAUAGCCAUAUAUCCUAUGAGCCAUCCAUUCACCAAACCUAUUUUGAACACCUGCACUGAUCACCCUCCACCAGACUGUCCGUGAGGUCCCAUCGCUGAUGGAGGGGACCAUGAUUGCCCUUGGCGUGCUGUAAUGAUGCAGCUCUCCAACAUUCCUCCGGGAGAACUGGAACACACCAAUGGAAACAAAUGCACUGGCCAGGCACACACAAUGCGCCGUGAGAAUUCCAAGAAUUCCGAGGACAGAUCGAAGGACAGAUCGAAGCUUUCGGCCAUGGACAGGGUCACGAGAGACCAGAGCAGGCUUUCUGGAGGCAGGCCUUGAGAUCAUUGCCUUCGAUGAGCUGAGGACAGAUUUUAAGAGCCCCAUAGACCAGUGCAACCCCGUACAUGCGAGGGAACGGCUGAGGAACAUCGAACGCAUCUGCUUUCUUCUGCGGAAGCUGGUGCUGCCGGAGUACUCCAUCCACAGCCUCUUCUGCAUCAUGUUCCUCUGUGCGCAGGAGUGGCUCACGCUGGGGCUGAAUGCCCCGCUGCUGUUCUAUCACUUCUGGAGGUACUUCCACUGCCCAGCGGACAGCUCCGAGCUGGCCUACGACCCGCCGGUGGUCAUGAAUGCAGACACCUUGAGCUACUGUCAGAAGGAGGCCUGGUGUAAGCUGGCCUUCUACCUCCUCUCCUUCUUCUACUACCUGUACUGCAUGAUCUACACUUUAGUGAGCUCUUAACUCAGAGACCACGCACGUCGUCAGAGACUGGACGGGAGCGCGCCGAGGCCGAGAAGUCACUUGUGCGGGCGACUGGAGAAGGGACGGGGUGGGUGAGGAGGAGACCUGGCCGACACUGACUGCCUCGGAAGGAAUGGAAGGAACGGAUUGGCGGCAGCGGGAGCUGAGUUAACCACCGUGUGUUGUCACCUGUGAACCACAGCAAACAUCGCUGUUUCCCGAGUCCGCUUCAUCUCACAGCUCCCAGCUGGUCCGCUCUGGUUUCCUGGACCGUGGGAGUGGGGGCUGGGAGGCCCGAAGGUGCCUGCUACCGAACGGAACGACCAGAGUCAGGCUGAGUCUGUGGGACCCACAGAGGGCCUCGGCUACCCAAGGCUCUGUUUCCUCCCUGCCAGGGCCGGCCAUGCCCUUGCCCUCCGCGGAGGGUCCGGAAGGUGCGCCAUGGCCUUCGCCGUGGCCGGCGUGACCUGCAGGGCUGCCGUGCUCCGCCCGGCUUCGUGAGAGCCCAGUUUAGUGACACCCUGAGCUGGGUUUGGGGCAACGCGUUGCUAAUAAAGUUGCCCAAAGUC